AUGGCUGAUCCUAAUAAUGCAGAUUCCAAUCAUGGAUUUGCAUUUCUUGAAAUUGAAACUAACAGAGAUGCACAAAUUGCGUACAAAAAACUUCAGAAGAAGGAUGCUCUUGGAAAGGGUCGGAAUAUUAAGGUUGCUUGGGCUGAGCCAUUGAAUGAUCCAGAUAAAGAGGAGAUAAAAUCGGUUUAUGUUGAAGGUAUACCAUUAUCUUGGAAUGAAGACAAAGUGAGGGAAUCCUUCAAAAAAUUUGGGGAGAUUGAGCGUAUCAUCCUUGCACGUAAUAUCCCAUCAGCUAGGAGAAAAGAUUUUGCCUUUGUUAACUACACAAUGCAAGAGGCUGUUGUUUCACGUAUCAAGUCAUUUGAUAAGGAGGAAAUAACGAAGAGUGGCUCAAAGGCAAAUCUUAAAGUAUCACUAGCUAAGCCUGUGCAAAAGGGUAAACAGAACAAAGGAGGGUCAAAAUCUAGUAACAAGGACAGAGAAGCUCAAGGCAGUCCAUCGUGA